GGAAGGAUCCAAAGGGGUUUCAUUCCUAUUAGGAAAGGGGAUCUUUGAUUCUUUGUCGGUUGUCAGGAGGACACUAUUAGGGGUUUGCUACGUGUCGCAUGAGAUCUUCCUAGGACGAAAUUUCCUUUCAUCCGAGGACUCUCAUGGUACAUGUGCACUACUUCUCCUCACGGGUCUCCUCUAUCGAUGUGGCAUGGAUGAUGUCAGAGUUAAUCUGACAUGUUUCGCUUAGUUUGUUGGGCGUCUUGUCGUGAGUGUCUUUGGCUUGUUGCAAUCGUGCGAUGGUCCUUUAAUCCAUCACACAUCCGCAAUGGCUUUGAGCUCAUCACAAACCUGUGAUGGGUUAUGGGCUCAUCGCAAGCCCUCAGUGGAUUCCGUGUUGUCAUAGGCGUUUCUGUCAUUCUGGUUUGAUGCCUUCAUCACAAUCGCAGACAUAGUGGACCACAUGUACUUACAACUAGCCCCCCUGCUUAUUGGUAAGAGUAUUCUUAUCAAUAAGCAUUUUUGUGGUUGGUGUGUUUUCUUUGCUCCUUUUAUCGAAUGUUUUGUCAACGAAAAAGACAUUAUGGCUUAAGUGAGGGAAGGUGAUUUUUAGUUUUGUUUCAUCCAAGUGCCGAUUAUCUCUUGAAGUCGGGCAUCGCAUGUUGCUUCUAUUUGAUAGUAUAUUGGUUAGGAAUCAGCGUUGUAAGUUGAUUCUUUCCAAUUAUUCGUCUACUGUGGAGGUUGUGAAGUUUUGAGCUUGGUUUGGAGACAAGGGAAAGAAAUGCUGCUCGUGGUGUGUCGAUUUUGGGGUACAUCAUGUGUUGGGGCUGAUCAGUUCUUGUAUGAUUGUUAGUCCCCUAUUUCUUGAUAGGAAGCAUUUUGUCAAGAGACAAGUUCUUUGCUUGUAGUUAGAUUUGAAUUUUUUAGCCCCCCUGUGUCAUGGCAAAGUGCUUUCUAUCGAGAAACACUUCUAAGUGCCUAUACGGCUACCUUGUGUGAUUAGCAUUCAUCCUAUACUUGGCUUCUCGGUUCUUAUACCCUAGUAGCCCUGAUUAUGGGUUACGAAGGAAAUUGGUACCGCUUGUCGUCAUGGCUGCUAAUGGGCAUCAGCUAGCUCUCGCAUCAAUGAUCCUUGGUUAUUUGUACGAAUAGAUGGAUGACACCAUUCAUCAGGUUAUGGACCCCAACUACAAGCGAUGGUCAUCUUAUGUUUUUUCACCAUUUCUUUUUAUGUUACUCUGUGAGCAACUUGACCUUGAUGUCGUGCUUCGCAAGCUUUCUCCUAUCCGUAUGUGUGUCGCUACCCUGGAUGAGUCUAAGUCACGCAGGGUUUCUCUCGAUGUUUUUCGAGGGAAGUGGCAAUUGAAUGUGAAGAGGGGUAAGGGUUUCAACAUCAAUGAGAUAGAGUCACAAUUUUCUAAUAUUGAUUGCUUCUUCCUUUUCCCUUACAAAGAGUACGUUUCUCACUCUAUGCCCUUCUGUGUUGGGGUAAAUGCAGUGGAAGGAGGUUAUCAAUAGUGUGUUGUUGGUAUUGACAAACCUGUAGUGGGUGUCGCCCAUUUGGUGCUAUGGCUUAGGGUUGUUUGCUAUUUGGACAAGUCUGGUGAAGCUUAGGCCACCGCAUACUGGCCAGAUCAUCUUCUCCACUAGUUUGGUUAUGACAACUUGGGGUCAUAGUUCCUUCAUUGUGAGGGUGAGGAUGUGUUUUGGCAAUGUCACAACGACCGUGCCUUCGUUGGUGUUUCUUGCUUCCCUCUAGUGAGCUAUAAGAGCCUAGAGGUUUGUUCUUCUCUCCGUCGUGGGUACUUGUGCGCACUAUUCGGUGGGCUAUAGAUGCUCAUGGCGGUAGAGCCGCGACCGAGGCACAUUGUGGCCCCUCCCCUAGGUCAUGCAGCGGAACAAGUUAAGGAAGUCCUUUUUGGUGGUCGCAUGGAUGUGUCUAUGUCAGUAGCCCAAGUUGUUUUGGAGGGGCAGGUGAGCACUAGUGAUGCUACUAAGGGUAAGUGUUUCGUUGUUGAAGUGGGGGAGAGUAGUCAUCCCCUUGUGGUUAAGAGAUAGAGGACAGCGAGAAGAGCUCAUCCCGCUCUAUCUUCUGAGAUAGGUGCUGGCGGUGAUUCUAUCAAAGCACCAAGUGUGGAGAUAUCUCAAGCUAAGGUGCAGGGCCCUAGCGAUUGGGCUUCUAUGGGGAGGACCUCGGUUGAGGUCCCUCGUGAGGAAGUUAUGCAGGUGGCUCCCGAAGUUAGGUAUCUUGAUUUUGGAGUUGUUUAGGGCGCUAGUGUGGAGACUACACAGUCGAUGAGGGAUGUCGUGUUGUCGGCUGUGACUAUUAUAGUUCCCGUCACGGGUGGACAGGUUAAAAAGAUAGUGUCCCAUGUUCGGAGAAGGGACGUGAAGAUUUCUGGAUUGUAUUUUGUUCUAAAGUGGGUGGAAGCGGGGGAUGAAUGCGCUGACUUUAUAGGUCCAUGUUUUGUUGAUGGUCGUAUUAGUUGCGAUGAGGUUUCCUUUGGUUUUGUCCCUGCCUGUGUCGCCAUAUCACCGAUCAUUAAACGACUGACUAUAGAGUUGAGUGCUCUCUGUCUUGAGGCUAUGGAGGGAAAGGUGUCGGAUGGUGAUGGUAGCGUGGCUCCAGCUCCGGUGGGGGCUUCAGGCCCUCGGUGAGAUGAUUGUGUACGGGAGAGUGGCGAGUUUGUGAACAACUCUAUUGCAGAGCCCAUGCAGCCUCCUAAUGCAUUGAAGGAACCUGCUAUCAUUCAUGAUCCUACAGAGGUAAUUGCUCCGUCUGAUUUGACGCAAGUGUAGGUUGUUGUGGAUGAUGACAGUAUUUUAGAAGAGCCUGUGACCGAUGUUCAGCCGAUGGAGGAUGAUAUGCUAGGCCCACAUCAUGAUGAUUUGGAGAUAUCCGCAGAGCUUAUGAUAGUGCACCAGGAGGUAACAAACAGAUACAAAAAAGAGGAAAUGGUUCCUAUCGGGUUUGUAGUGUCUAAUCCUGUCAUUGUUCAGGGAGUUCACAAUAGGAGCAGUUCGUCGUAUCCCACAAUGUCGCUGAUAAAAACGUCAUUAGUUAUUCAGAAGGGGUGGUUGCCUACUUCCGAAUUUCCACCUGUGGUUAUGAGUGCCUCCUUAUACAUAGGGGUUAGGUUGAUGAACUCCAUUAUGUCAUAGUCCAUGGAGUCAUUGUCAUGGUCUCUAUUCACCUGGUGGUUGAAAGCUGCAAUGGGCUUCCAAAUGGAGCAUAUUGAAGAGCGAGUGACUCGCAUGGAUCAUGUGUUCUAGAAGACCGGUCAUAAGGAGUCCAACCCAUUGUCUUUCAAGAAACUAGAUGAGUUUCACAUGCGAUUAAAGGGUGUGGAUGCCUACAUCACGAAGAUUGAGGCGAAGAUAGCAACCUUCUUGGUGAAGCCGCAUGUCAAUAGAAGGGAUUAUUGCAGCUGUGGGAGGAAUAUCAGGAGAUCAUUGAGAUUUUGGAACAAAGGGAAAAGUUAGAGGAAAUCACUAAGAUGCUCAAUGAAUGGUUUAGUCUGAGUUAAAUAGAUGAUUUGUGUUCAAUAGUUUCGUUUUUUAUCAUUU